AUGGCAACCACCACAAAGCCCCGAGCGGGCAGCACUAUCAAAAAGAAGUCUGCUGCAACUGCAACCGCAACUGCAUUGAAUGAACUGCCUUUGAGCAACAUACAGAAUAAGCAGCAGCAGCAGCAGCAGCAGCAGCAGCAGCGCCAGGUCAGCAUCGACUCUCUGACCCGCGAUCUCGACAACUUCCACAUCCGCUGUGUCAGUGCCGGCGAUAAAGAAAACCUUAGCAAGCCCCUCUCGGCAUCACCCGGACACACGGCGAACCCCGCGGUUGCAUCUACAGCUCCCCAGGUCAUACCAUCCGUUCGCACGUGCGGCCUUACUCGUGAAGCCGACGAGUCGGAUACCUCAGACGACUUCGAGACCAACAACACACUUGCACGCGCCAGCCAGCACUUGCCCAGCAACCAAGAGCAACUCGCGAAGCACCAGGCAGGUCAGUUUGAAUGGUUGCUCUCCAUUCCCGUCGACAACGAGAAGUUGGCCAAUGUGCGCGGUCUGGUCGACGACUCCCACGAUGACGACGACGCAGACCCGCGCCGAUUGGGCGAACAGAAGAGGAUCAUUUUCGGCUGCAAUCUGCUGCGUCGCGGAUCAGAGUCGAGCGGCGCUCAGCCUGCGCAGUGCCAGACUGACGGAGGAGCUAACGUGUACACGUUGAUAGCCACUCGUCUUGACGGAGAGGAAGACGACACGACUACCAUGCCCGAGCUUACACCCGUGGAGGAGCCCGUGGUCGAGGCUCUGCAGUCUGAAGUGAAUGGGGAUGUGGAAGUGAAUGUCAAGGAGGCUAAGAGCCACGAGCAAAUCUUUGACUCUCACCCGUCGACUCCAGUGUCCAAGAUCGAAGCUGCGAUCGACGCCGUCGAUAGGCUCGAGGAACAGAUCGAGCAGCUGACGCUGGAAACCCAACCCAAGUCGGCGACAGCGAAGACCAACGGAAUGACCACCAAGUCGACCCCGAUCAAGCGCGCCACCUCAGUCAAGGUUGCCUCGACCAGCAAGAGUGCCAUCGACCGCAAGUCUGCCAUGACCCCGACGCGCGAACAGCUGCAGGAUAAUGGCAAGCCUUCCACACCUACACCGGGUACUACUGCUCGCAAGGUGCCGCGGCCGGCCAGCCUCAACCCGCCCAAGCCCCUGGCCAAGUCUAGCAAACCGCCGACGAUACCAUCGUUCGAGCUGCCCGGCGAGGCAGUCGCUCGCCGGCUGAAGGAGCAGCGCGAGGCGCGGCUGUCACAGCAAAUCUCUCCCGAACAGGCUGCGUCCGUCGCGGCCGACGCCGCGAAAACCGCAUCGCCCUCGUCCUCCUCCUCGUCGCUGCUCUCGCGCGAGCCCAAGUUUAAGUCGAGCAAGCCGCCGACACGGCCGACGUUCGAGCUGCCGGGCGAGGCCAUAUCACGGAGGAAGCGCGAGCAACACGAAGCGAAGCUGAGAGCGGAGGAGGAAGAGAUGCGUCGGCGGCGGGAGUUCAAGGCACGGCCCAUGCCCCGCGCUAGUAUCAUUGGCACGCCGAGCACAUUGCCGCGGGAUACGGUCGCUAGCCUGGCGAGGAUUAAUAAGCAGCGGCAGGCCCAGGCCCAGGCUGAGCCCAACAAGGAGGAGGAGAGCGGGAUGACAGGAAUGAAGAAGAGGCAUUCGAUCGCGGUUUUGGGGGCUUCAUCAUCAUCUCAGACGGUGACGAGGGGACGGACGAAUACUAAUGCCUCGCAGCUCUCGCAGGCCGGGGCGACUACCGCUACGACCACCAACAGCAGUCGUGCGACGUCGGCUUCUGGGAGUGUCAGGGAUCGUCGUGCUAGCACCGCGGCGAGUACUGUCAGCAAUGGGAGCGUAGAGAACGGUCUGCUACAGCACCCGAGGGACAGCAAAGAGGCGGUGGCGGCUGCGAGGAAGGAGGCUGCUGAACGCAGCAGGAUGAUGAGUCGGCUUUGGGCGGAGAAGAGGAAGGCUAAGGAAGGGGCGGUUAAUGGUCAAGCUAAUGGCGUGAAGGUUUGA